UCUCUGUUUUAGAUUACGAUGUCUGGUGAAGCAACUGGAGAGAGGAGAAGCUUCCCUUGCUGACCUCAAGAAAAACCUGGAGUACGCAGCAUCGGUGCUCGAAUCGGUUUACAUUGAGGAGACAAGCUGGCGACUGGUGGACACAGAAGAUGAGCUCAGUGACAUCCAGUCAGAGUCUGUGCCUUCGGAGGUGCGAGACUGGCUGGCCUCCACCUUCACCAGGCAGAUGGGCCUAAUGCUCCGGCGGAAUGAAGAAAAGCCCCGUUUCCGGAGCAUUGUCCACGCCGUGCAGGCUGGAAUUUUUGUCGAGAGGAUGUACCGACGCACCUCCAAUAUGGUGGGGCUCAGCUACCCUGCAUCUGUCAUAUCUGUUCUUAAGAAUGUUGACAAAUGGUCGUUUGAUGUGUUCGCCCUAAAUGAGGCCAGCGGGGAUCACGCUCUUAAAUUUAUAUUCUAUGAGUUGCUCACAAGAUAUGAUCUCAUAAGCCGCUUCAAGAUUCCGAUCUCUGCGGUGGUGUCAUUCGUGGAAGCCCUGGAAGUGGGAUAUAGCAAACAUAAAAAUCCCUACCACAACCUGAUCCAUGCUGCUGAUGUAACCCAGACUGUACACUACCUGCUUCUCAAGACUGGCAUGGUGCAUUGGUUGACUGAACUAGAGAUCUUCGCCAUGAUCUUUGCGGCUGCGGUGCACGACUACGAGCACACAGGGACCACAAACAACUUCCAUAUCCAGACAAGGUCAGACACAGCCAUCCUCUACAAUGAUCGCUCAGUGUUGGAGAGUCAUCACGUCAGCGCAGCCUACCGCCUACUGCAGGACGACGAUGAAAUGAACAUCCUCUACAACCUCUCCAAGGAUGACUGGAGAGAGCUGCGUGCUUUGGUGAUCGAGAUGGUGUUGGCGACAGAUAUGUCUUGUCAUUUCCAGCAGGUUAAAGCCAUGAAGAACUAUCUACAGCAACCUGAAGGCAUCGACAAGCCCAAGGCUCUCUCCCUACUUCUCCACACAGCUGACAUCAGCCAUCCAGCCAAAAGUUGGGACCUGCACCACCGAUGGACCACCUCCUUGCUUGAGGAGUUCUUCAGACAGGGGGACAAAGAAGCCGAACUAGGCCUGCCGUUCUCUCCACUGUGUGACAGAAAGUCGACGUUGGUUGCACAGUCUCAGAUUGGGUUCAUAGACUUCAUUGUGGUUCCCACCUUCACUGUGCUGACCGACAUGAUGGAGCGCAUCGUCACUCCGCUCAUCGACGAGGCCUCCCACUCUGGCCUUUCCACCUUUAGACGCUCCAGUCUAAACAGUAUUAGCUCAGAUGAAACCAAGAGGCACAGUGUGAAGAGCAUGGGAUCUGACAGCAGCUCGUCUGGCCAGAGCUCCCUUCUGACGGUGGACAUUAAAAACUUCAAGGCCUUGUGGAAUGAGGAAGUUUAUCAGAACAGGGAAAGAUGGAAAGCCCAGGCUACCAAAGAAGCGGAAGAGAGAGCCAAAAAGGAGGCAGAAGAGCGAGCUCAGCAGGAGGAGGCUAUGGAACCGCAGGAGGUCCAGGCAGAGUCUGAAUACCCUGAACAGAAGGAGAACAAGUCAGACAGCAAGGUGCCAGAGUCAGCAGAGGUCAGCAGGUCACCAGAUGGAAACACAGGGGAACCGAAGCAGGCGAACCCCCCUGGGAAGACGUCACACCAGAGUCCCCUGCUGCAGAACGGUGAGUUCUCAGAGGGGGGCGAAUCUCCUGAUGGUGAAGAAAACAGGAACAAAGGAAUGAGUGAGGCAGCGAUGGAAUAACAGCAGAGGAGCGUCAUGGCGACACUGAUUGCUGUUUAAAGAUUGAAGUUGGACUCUGCUGCCCUCUACAGACGACUGAAAAACUGACACCUUUGCUUCCUUUUUUUGUUCAUGUCUUUGCAUUUCAACAGCUUCUAUCACAUGUAUGUUUUCACCAUUUAUAAACAGUCAGGUGAAUUAUUCCUUAUUUCCUGCUUUUUUUUUUUUAAAUAAUUAAAAAAAAAAUUAUAAUAAUAAUGAAGAGGUUUGUUUCCAUCCAGUGGCUAUAACGGUGUCACCACUUGGAAACUAGUUUGUUUUUGUGAUAGUUUGGGCAGCGUUCUUUUAUUUUCCUUUUUAUUGCAUUUUUUUUUUUUUCAAACUCAACUCUUGUAGCUGUUUUAAAAGUCCCACUUCCACAUUCUGGAUACAUCUAUAUUAGAUUUAUUUGUUGGGAGAUGGGAGUUAAGAGAUUUGUUGCGACUUACUACCACAUAUGCAGAAUAGAUGCAUAUCUAGAGGGACUUCUACAAACGCCUAUUCUGCAUGUAGAUUAUAUGUCUGUACAGUAAUUUGAGAUUCUUGCCACAGAUCUUCAGCACUACUGUUUUAUUACCAAGUACUCCUUAAAUAAAUCUAGACUAACUUACAAAACAAUUUUCCUUUGAGCGCUCCUUAUGGUUGCUAAAGCCACAAAAAGAAAAUAUUUUGUGUUUACUUUCUUUGCAAUUUAAAUGCAUUUGUAUUCUUUACAGCCAGAUGCAAAUGGGUUUUUUUGUGUGUUUUUUUUUUUCUUUUCUGUACAUAUAUUAAAUGUUUAUUAAUGGUUGAAUAUGGAACAUAAAUCCAUCAGCCAUCCAGUGAGGGAAAUAUUUUUGAGAUAAAAUGUAAGAUAUUUGUGAAAAAAAAGUCCAAAAAUUAGAAAGCAGCUUUUUGCAAUUUUAACAUAUCACACGCUCAGAUGCAUUCGAGUUCUUUUUUUUUUUUUUGUAAAUACAAUGUUUUUGUUUAUCUUUUUGAAAGUGCAUUUGUUUUGCAUCAAUUUCCUGUACAAUUUAUGCACUACAUGUGUCUAAUAUUGUCACAUUGUGUGUUUACUUGAUGCCUUCUGAUGUGUUUUGAAGCUGUAGCAAGAGCUCAACAUUGUUGCUAAUUAUUUUUAUUUUAUUUAUUUUUUAUUUUUUUAUCAGUGUUCAGUUUUGCUUUAGUUCUGCAGAGUAGUUUUGUCAAAACAGCUUCCCCUUCUUGGUCGCUGGUGUGACAUUCAAUCAGCGUGUUUACAGUGCGCCCGUACGCCACUUAGGCUGCCGAAACUUUCACGCUCCUGCGACGCAUCUCAGGCUGCGAAUCCAAAGCGUAUCUGCUUCUCUUUGCCAGGAUUUCAAGGCCUGUGAUGUUGUAUAUAAAAUAUGUACUUAUUGCGCACUUUUGCAUAUGUACCAUAUUGGACAUGUGGGUCAAUUCUCACUUUAUGCAGUGCCUAGCAAAGGUAUUUAUGAUUUGUGUAAGGUUUCCACUUUACGUCGUGUUGGAACCACAAACUUUUAUUUGCUUUGUUUGGAUUUGUUGUGACAGAGUAACGCAUAGCUGUGAAGAAAACUAUUUUUCAACAUUUUCUGAAAACUGGGCACAUAAAUCCUGCCCCGAAUCGCUGUUUUGUACAGCCACCAUCGGGUGCUAUUACAGCAACUCGCUAAGAUUAAAUCAAGAGCAUUUAGCUUAACUCAUGUUCUCAUCACGUCCGAGUAGCUUCCCUUUCGCUGCUGAACAGAAGUCACCCCAAAGCAUGAUGCUCUCCUCUCCACUUCAAAAAUACUGCUCUAUAUGGUAUAAAAUUCCUUUGUAAUACAUUAAAGUUUGUGGUUGUAACGCAACAAAAUGUGACAAAGUUUUAAAUCGGCACCUUUGUAAUGCACUUUGCUCAGCACAUUAAUUUGCAGAAAAAGAAAAGACACAUCUGGGCAGUAUUUGCUAAGUGAUGGAUGUUUUUUUUUUUUUUUUUUCCUUAGACCUCAAAGUUUUUUGGGGUUUUUUUCUAUGAAAUUAACCACAUUUACUGUGUGAAGUUUAAGCUUUAGAAGGUACCUUUGUAUAUUAUAUUGCACCACAUGGUUAUAUCCAAACAUUUUAGAGGAUUGAACAUUUAAAAGAAAUUAUGAAAACAUAUAUAUAAAAAGUGAGGGAAGGAUUGUUUUUGUAUCCAUGUUUUUUUUUUUUUUUUAUAACCAGCUUCUGAUGGGUUACAGCAGUUUCUCAUGCACUGAAACCAUAUGCUACUUUCCAUCGAAAAGAUGCAGUCAGUGGUUAGCAAGCCAGCUGGCUGAAUGUGUGCCUCUAUCUGUACUUUCCACGUCACAAGUAACACCUGUAAACGCGUUCAGUGAUGUCGUUAAAACCCGCGCUGAUCCCGGCGCGGCCGAACCGCUAGUCGAGUUCUCCUUACAGUUUUUCACACUUAGGGAUUCGGCUGAGACGAUCUUGUUUUUAAAGAUUAAUGUUGCAGAAUAUAGUAUUUUUAAAGCUAGAUAUUGCGCUAUAUUUUGCUCACUUUCAUUCAGAGAAGUCUAUUUUAUAGCUAGGCGGCGUGGCGUAGUGUCCGUUUUUCAGUUUUAUUCGACUGUUUGCGCCUUUUUAAUCAGUCCUUUUCGUUUUAUCUCUCGUCUCCCCUGUGCGUUUGUCGACCUUGUUUUUCUUCACCAGCGCUGAAGUCAGAAUAAAAAAAUAAAAUAAAAAAUUGAAACUGUUAACGUAACGUGCAACAAUCUUUAAAUAUUAGAAAUAAAAACAUCAUUGUAAUAGGCUGCCUGACGCUUGGUAAAAGCAGAAUAUCUUUUCUGCACCAAGAGACCAACACAUGUACAGACUUGUAGUUUUUGCUCUACGUUCUUCUAGCUACUGUGAUAGCCUAUAAUAUAUAAACAUUUAACAGGACUUUAUACCGACCACCAUAGGAACAUAGCUGUAUUGCUGAUCUGUAAAGACUUCUUAAAAUGGUGUUUUGUUCUGGUUACAAUCAAACGGUCUGUUUAAUGCUUUGUUUCCCUGUUUUGUCUCUCUGUAACGACUGAUCUCAGCAACCAGUGAUCUAAUGACUGAGAGUAGAUGGAUGUAACGCGUGGGUGCGCGUGUGUGUGUGUGCUGCAAAAAUACUUAACGUGCAUUUCUGAUCUCCUCACUGUGACCUGCUCUGUCGAUGAGUGUGAUUAGAUGAGUGGCUGUGAGAGAGAGAGAGGAUUAAACAAAGAGAUGCGGUGGACUGCAUAAAUCUGGCCAAACAACUCAUUGGAGAUACAACAGCGAUGUGUUUUAGAUAACCCAAUUAACUGACGACGUUGAUCUGUUUUGGUUCAUAAAACUGUAGCAACACAAUUAUCAUAACUGAAGAUCCCAGCUGCAACAUGCCAGCGUACAGAAGUUGAUGAAUUGUUUUAAAAGCUGGUAAUAAUCGUCCUCUGCCUCUCUUGAGUGGACAGAAUGACAAGGAGCGUGUGUGUGUGUGUGCGCGUGCGUGUGUGAAUGAGUGUGUGUGAGCGAGCGAGCGCACGUGCAUGUGUGUGUCACUGUCCCAUGCUGGCCAGGCGGCCGUGUGUGCCACCAUGCUCUGUGACUGCACAGCCGUAUCAAUAAAUCUGAACUCAAAGGGCUCA